GCAACUUCUCCUGUAUACACAACUUUUGGCUUCUUCUCCUUCUCCUUCUCCUUCUCCUUCUUCUUAUUCCCUUAAGAGACCUUGAAAAGCUGCUAUGGGUUCUCUCAGCUUCACCAACGAAGGAAAGCAGGUCAGAGAAGAAAACAUUAGCAUUGGAGAUGCAGCUGUGACCAAAACCUGCAAUAAGAAUGGACAGUUGCUGACCAGUACUCCUAGAAGCAAGGACUGCCUUACUAAAAAGGGCACAGGAGGGUGGAAAUAUACAAGCAUCUUGUUAGCAAAUCAAGGCCUUGCAACACUAGCUUUCUUUGGCGUUGGUGUGAACUUGGUUUUGUUCUUGACUAGAGUUCUUGGUCAAGAAAAUGCAAUUGCUGCCAAUAAUGUUAGCAAGUGGACUGGAACUGUCUAUUUGUUCUCUCUGGUUGGAGCUUUCCUCAGCGAUUCAUACUGGGGCCGUUUCUUAACCUGUGCAGUCUUUCAGAUCAUUUUUGUAGUGGGUUUGGGGCUAUUAUCGCUCACGUCAUGGCUAUUCUUGAUCAAACCAACGGGCUGUGGUGAUGGGGAAAUGGCUUGCAUGCCCACAUCCUCAAUUGGCGUGGCCAUUUUUUACCUAUCCAUCUAUUUAGUAGCCUUUGGAUAUGGCGGGCACCAACCAACUCUUGCCACGUUUGGAGCAGACCAAUUUGAUGCGGCAAACCCAAAGGAAAAGGGAUCGAAAGUGGCUUUCUUUGCCUACUUUUACUUUGCACUCAACGUAGGCUCUCUUUUCUCCAACACCGUUUUGGUGUACUACGAGGACACCGGAAGAUGGACACUUGGGUUUCUGGCGUCCUUUGGUUCUGCAAUUAUUGCCUUGCUGUCGUUUCUGAUAGGGACUCCUGGAUACCGCUACGUAAAACCAUGUGGCAACCCUCUCCCACGUGUUGCUCAGGUAUUUGUCGCCACCGCUAAGAAAUGGCACGUUGCUCCAGCCCACCCGGAAGACCUCUAUGAAGUGGAAGGAUUAGAAUCUGCCAUUAAAGGGAGCAGGAAGAUUCUUCAUAGCAGCGAGUUUGAAUUUUUGGACAAGGCAGCAACAAUAACAUCAAGUGAUCUGUAUGGCCCAAAACAUCCAUGGAGGCUUUGCACUGUGACUCAAGUGGAAGAAGCCAAGUGUGUUCUUAAAAUGUUACCUAUUUGGGCAUGUACUAUAAUCUACUCAGUCAUCUUCACACAAAUGGCUUCUCUCUUUGUAGAGCAAGGGGAUGUGAUGAAUACCAAGAUCGGAAACUUCCACCUCCCAGCUGCCAGCAUGUCUGCCUUCGAUAUUUGCAGUGUCCUUAUUUGCACUGGAAUUUAUCGCCAGAUUCUGGUCCCCCUUGCCGGAAAACUAAGCGGAAAUCCCAAGGGAUUAUCUGAGCUUCAAAGAAUGGGCAUCGGGCUCAUUAUUGGAAUGCUAGCAAUGCUUGCAGCCGGCGCCACUGAGAUUAUGAGGCUCAAACAUGUCAUGCCUGGUGAGAAGAGUAGCUCCUUGAGCAUAUCUUGGCAAAUUCCUCAGUAUGUUCUUGUUGGAGCUUCGGAAGUUUUUAUGUAUAUUGGUCAACUGGAGUUCUUUAAUGGGCAAGCCCCAGAUGGUAUUAAAAGCUUCGGGAGCUCCCUUUGCAUGGCUUCGAUUUCUCUUGGAAACUACGUUAGUAGCUUGCUUGUUAACAUGGUAAUGGGGAUCACUGCUAGAGGCAAUAAUCCUGGUUGGAUCCCGGAUAACUUGAACACAGGCCACAUUGACAGGUUUUUCUUCCUGAUUGCAGUGUUGACGGCUUUUGACUUUGUGAUUUACUUGUUUUGUGCCAACUGGUACACGGGCAUCAACCAUGAUGACAGCGAGAAAGAAAGCACGGAUCAGAAGCAAGGGCAAGAAGGAUUGGUCAGCAGAGUCUAGCUAGCUAGCUCCAAAAUUUUGUAUAUAUUAUAUUAUCUGAGGUCUAGCCAUUUAUUUAUGAUGAUGAUGAACAUAUUUCCGCAAGAAGAAAGCAUGACCUUUGUUGAUGAGAUGGAUGGAUCGACUUGAAAAGAUGAUAUUGCUGUGGAAUGAUUACUUUCUUAGAAUGGUAAAAGUUAGCGGAUGAUGUUUGGUGGUUUUAAUAAGGUUGACCUCUCUAGGUAUAUAUAAGGUGUGCUUUGAGUUGUAAGGUUUUAGUGGAGAAUGUCGUCAAUGGCAUGAAAUGUUUCUUCUCAUGCUUCUCUUUCUCAUUUUCUUUGUUUUUGGAGGGUAUUCCUU